GUUUAAUUACUGAUGUUUCUUCUUGGGGUAGUUUUCCAUUCCGAUAUCACGGCAUUAAAAUGAAACAAAAUCUGAAAUCCAGAUCCUCUUCCUUAUUUUCUUAAUAUGGAAGGCACAAAACCGAGGGAAAAACUCUGUGAUGGACGGACCACCGGAGAACGAUUUCUGUUCAAUAUGUCACGCAAACUUUCAUCUUCCUUCCCAAGCUAAUUGUUCUCACUGGUAUUGCUCCAACUGCAUAUUACAAGUAUGGAAUCACGGACCAGCUCUCCAGCCAUGCAAAUGUCCUUUAUGUCGCCGUCCUAUUACUUUGUUGAUUCCAAGUGAGUCAACAUCCAGGCAGCUGGAUAAUGCUGAGGUUUCUGAGAUUCUGCAGAGGAUUCAGUCAUACAACCGUGUAUUUGGGGAACGAUCAGAGGGCCUUGUGCAGAGAGUUCAAGACCUACCAUUUCUUCUUAGGAGGUUGUUGCGAGAUAUCAUGGAUCCCCAAAGAUCUAUUCCAUUGGUCAUCAGGGCGCGUGUCUAUUUGGCAGUUAAGUAGAUUGUUCCUGUACACCAAAUCAAUUGAACAGAUAAAAGAUUAUUUCCUGCUUGAAAGAAUGGCUGAAAGUACAUCCUCUUUUCCUCUUUAUUGGAAAAGUUCUUUACAGUCUUUUUUUUUUUUUCUUUUUUUUUUUUCGUGCAGGCGUUUCUGAGUGCUAUAUAUGUUCUGAGUCCGAUAGAUAUUAUACCAGAAGGUACGGCAUUGCUACUUACUUCUGAUUGUUGUAUAUUUCUUUUGGCAGUUUCUGGGCAUUUGCAAUUUUCAUUUAUCCUUUUAAAUCAAAGGUGUGAUGGGUCUAAUUGGUCUCCUGGAUGAUUUCCUCAUUAUGUUCAUGUGCUUCUUGCAUGUUGCUGCCCUUUACCGGUCUGUCCUGCUCAAUCGGCAUGGGGGCUCUUCUUGAUUAAAACUCUAGGUUUAGCAGUAAGAAGUAGAUUUGUAAAUGAUGUGGUAAGUGAAGAUUUAAUUCAUUGUUAUUUCUGAUAAUCCUCAACCCUCAUGUCAAUGGUAAUAUUUUAUUAGUUCAGUAAUUUUUUACUCGUGAAAAGCGCUGGCACUCCUUGCCUCUUGGUUUCUGGAUAUGUUUAUUGUUCUCCCUUGCUUGACCAUUUUAUGAGACACUAAAGUGGAAACAUGUAGCUGAAGUUAUGAACUCUUGAUGAUGAUUUGUCUAACUGGAAUUAAUUGGACAAAGAAUCAACAACGCAGAUAUAUUUGAACUAAC